UUCGUAGUCAAUUGAUAAUAUCCAGCUGUUGCACGAAGCGCAUGCAUGACGAGAUCACCCACGUACGUAUCACUGUGUAAUCACCUUCUACGUUCCGAUCCAUUUCAAUUAUCAUUACGGCAAGAUCAUGAUGGCUAGCGGCGCACCACCCACCUGAAAGACGCCCGCGUCUUUUGUCAAUCUGUAUUGUACGCGUCCGUUGCUCACUGCAGCAGAACGUUCAACAUAGCUUUCCUUCCGCUGAAGGAUUUGUCAACGUGUGUCGUGCUGAAAGAAUCUGAUUGACGCCUGAGCAGAAGCGAACAGACCCUUCAUUUAUGCACUUGUAGUACGCAUGCCGUACCCGUCAUGCGCGACCCACCUUGUAGAUAGUCUUAUAAACCCGAACGGACGCCCGGGUGAGCACUAGCUUCCUGCUACCUCCGUUCUCCCUGAGCAGCGGUUGCCAUGAACCUCCUUUCAUAUUUUUGGCUUUUAACCACCAUCUGGUCAUGUCUGGCUGUAGCUCCUUCAAGGACGAUCUCCAAGAGAGGUAGCAGCUCAUUCGUGAGCUCUAGUAAAGAUGGGUUUUCUGUCAACGGGAGCUCACUUAGAUUCGUCGGGACAAACUUGUACUGGCUGUCGACGUUGGAAUCGAACGAUGACAUCUGGAAUGUGCUGAAGAACAUAUCUGAUACCGGUAUCAAGGUCGUUAGGAUUUGGGCAUUUAACGAUGUGGAAACCAUUCCGGAGACCGGAACGUGGUUUCAGUUGGUACAGAACGGCACUACCACAAUCAACGAUGGACCAAAUGGACUGCAGAAACUUGAUACAGUGGUUCAAAUGGCAGAACAACAAGGGCUAUAUGUUAUCUUGUCACUAACGAAUAACUGGAAUCCAGUACCUAACACGACAUCAUCCAGCACUGCAUCACCUGAUGUGCUUGCGUCUGUCAGUAUUCCGCGUAACACUCUUUCAAACGACUACGGCGGUAUGGAUCUAUACGUCCGCCAGUUCGGACUUCAGAACCACGACGAUUUCUACACGAACGACAGUAUCUUAACCGCCUUCCAGAAUUACACCAAGCAGAUCGUAUCACGCUAUUUCAACAGCCCUGCUGUGUUCAGUUGGGAGCUUGCAAAUGACGCCAGAUGCAACUCGACCAUUCCCACUAGUCCAACGUGUACCACACAAACCGUCACACAGUGGCACGCUGUGAUGGCUGCAUUCAUCGCGUCCCUCGAUCCCAACCACAUCGUCUCCGCUGGAACGUCUGGAUUCCAAUGCACAGAUUGUCCGAAGUUGUACCCCAUUACACCAACAGCUUCGCCUACACCCUCUCCCGCACCCGGCAAGAAGCGCAGAAGCGUCGCCCCUUUGACAAAAGAGCAGAUCAUAAGGCAGCGUGCUGAGUCGAGACGCCAAAACAGGGCGGCCGCUAAGCGUGCAGGAACUUUGAAGGAAGAUGGGAUAAUGAUAAGAGGUCGCUGGGUAUCUACAGCAACGCGAGAAGUCUCCAGCUCGAUUGGCCCCACAACGGAUGGUUCAUCUGGUGUCGACAGCCAGGACAUCCUUAACAUUCCCAACAUAGGCUUCGGUUCCUUCCAAGUAUUUCCCGACCAGAACACGUACGCUCCCAAUGACCCAAACCUUAACACCGUCCAAAACAAGAUCAACUCGAGUCUUACGUGGAUCCAGCAAUCAGCUCAGUCUGCUGCUGCCGUUGGGAAACCUGUUGUCCUCAACGCAUUCGGUCUGGUCACCCAAUCCAAUUUGAACAGCUACGUCCCGUUCAACUUGACUUAUGCUCCUUACGCAUCCAGCACAGCGGUCACGGGUGUCACCGCAGCAGUCUUGGACGCCACUUCAACGACAGAUUUUGCCGAUGACACACAACAAGAACAGGGUUACAGCUCGUUUUUGCAGAUGGGCAACAGCGCAGGAUUGGCAGGCAUCAUGCAAUACCAGGUCAAUACUUUUCUUUCUCGUGAUGUAUUUGAUUAACGCUCGUUCUAGUGGGGCUCGACCGGCAUCACCCAAUCAAGCACUGCUAUCCAGUUAGACACAACCAACUCCGAGUCCCCAACACCAGGGACAACAACGGGAGAAUCGCCCAACGAUGGUUAUUCUAUUGCUAACAACACAGCCAUUCAACAAAUUUUGCAGCAGGGCGCGCAGGCGAUGGCUGCAGAUUCAUGAGGACUGUUGAUUCUUGUUUGCAUUCAUUGGUUUUUUUCUUUUGUAUAUCAGUUCUUUUUCUUCAAAGACACUCUGUUUUUUCAUAUCAUGAUC